CGCUAAACAUGUAACGCAUACAACUACCUUUUGGUUCUACCGCCUGUUCUUUUCUAAAAGCAACACCUUUCAAAACCAGUUUCCAUAUAUCUAUUACAAUGUCUAAAGUCUCCACUACCAAGAAAGUGCUCCAAACGCUCACUCAAUUCACCCCGUGCGAUGUCUCUGACGCGCUUGUGAAGUUCGGCGAUAAAUCCGGGGGAUACUUUCCAAACUUAACGAACUACUCCUCUCCUUCCGACGGCUCUUCGGUCUCUGGGAAGGCGUUUACGGUUCUCUAUGCACCUCUUUCAGACCCCCGCCCUGCAGUCGCUUUUAACUACAUCGACUGUAUUCCUUCUCCUGCCGACGAGCGGAUCCUCGUGAUUGGCCUCACUCCCAACUUGCAGACUGCCAACGCUCCGUACCAUACGUUGACAAACGCGUUAUAUGGAGGGUUGAUGUCCACGCGCGCUAAUUAUGUAAAGUGUCGCGGGUCGGUCGUUUUCGGAAGAAUCAGAGAUGUGAGUGAGCACCGCAGCUUGGGCUACCCGGUGUGGUCCUAUGGUGUCGGGAGCACCGCACCGAAAGUUUCUGUUAAGGUAGUUGCCGUUGGUGAACCUAUCGACGUCGUAAUGUACGACGGGGUGGAUGGAAAGCAAACGCAGAUGCGGAUCAACGACGGCGAUUACAUCGUGGCCGAUGCAGUUAACGGCGUGGUUAGAAUUGCCGAAAAGGCAGGGUUAUUAGAGAAGGUGUUAGAGUACAUGCCUAGAGCUGUGGCGGCCGAUGAAUUGGUAGCUGAGGAUAUCAAACAGGGGGUUGAGGCAGGAAAGGCGCAGAAGGCAAGAAGAGCCAAUUUGUGAUGGUUCCAAUUAGUUUACUACAAUGUGUAAUUGACAAAAGAUAAAGCUUAUGUACUGAGAAAAAAGGGAAUGGGUCCUGGAGAAUGACUCGAAUUCACCGAUAGCGCAUGCAUGUGAGUUGCAUGAUGCGAAGAGUUGCAUGAUCCGGCUCACUCCAAGCAGAGGCUUUGAUAGCAGAGGCUUUGAUGAGAGCAGAAUAGCAGAAAGAGAAGAAAAAAAA